GAAGGGGAAGUGAGGCGGGGAGACCUUCCCGGAAGCGGAAGCGUCACUCUCUGUGUGGCGGGGUGUGUGUGUAUGUGUGUGAUUGUUAUGCCUGAGGCGGAGAAGUGGGGGGCAGCGCUGUCGCUCGGGCACCGUCUGGGGCGGGGGCCGCAGGAGCCCUCGUCAUGCCCCGGUACUGCGCGGCCGCCUGCUGCCGGAACCGAGCCGGCCAGAGCGCCCGGGACCAGCGCAAGCUCAGCUUCUACCCCAGAUUUCCUCUUCACGAUAAAGAAAGGCUAGAGAAAUGGCUGCGGAAUAUGAGACGUGACACGUGGACUCCUAGUAAGCACCAGGUUCUCUGCAGUGACCAUUUCACACCAGAUUCUCUUGAUGUGCGGUGGGGCAUUCGAUACUUAAAAACAACAGCAGUGCCAACUAUUUUUUCAUCAUCUGAUAAUCAGGAAAAAAGACUUUCUCAGAAAAACAAACAAGAGAAAAGAAUAGAAGAUAUCAAAGAAAGGAGCAAGAGUACAGCAGCUACAUCUCCUAAAUCUUGUUCACCAAAGAUAAAUAUCGUAAUUGAAGAAAGCCUAUAUAGAAAAGCACUUUCUACAACGUUAAGCAGAUCUCCAGAAAAGAAAGCAGUACUUCAGAAUACAGAAAAAAAUGAAGAUGACAUUGCAUGUCCAAAUAGGUCCAGCGGACAGCAUAGGGAGAAGAUCAGCACUGGGUUAACUGCAGCUGACAUGCAGAAUGCCACACUUUGUGAUUCCACACCUCCAGAAAACAGCAGCUUUAAUCACUCUGUGGAGAGCCUCUUUAGUAGUGCAACCACACUUUUGCAAGCUUCAAUUCAUGAGCUCCAUUCACGUCUUGAGUGUGACACAGAUUCUAAAGCCACCGUUUUGCAGGCUACAGAUCUUGAGCACUUGGAGUCAUCUCUGGAAUUUAAUAAUGUGACUGUACCAAUGAAUGACUUUCCACCUGAUUUACUGAACUCUCACAUCACAGGCUGUUCUGUGGAAGUACAAGACACCGAUGAAAACUCAGUGCUGCUCCAGACUGUGACACAAGCUUUAGAACAGUUUAACGGAAAUAAAGAGUCUGUUAUCACCAUUAUAGUUCCUUCUGAGAGUUCAGAUGACCCUUUCUUGUUAGAGGGAGCAUUCGUGACAGCAGAGCGGGAACUAGUCAACAUAGAAGCGGAAAGAUCUGCAUGCAUUGCCACUUAUGGUGGCACUGAAGUGCUACAAACUGAGCAUUCAUAUUGCAGGCAAGACAUAGACAGGGAACAGCUGUGGCAAAAAAUCACAAAGCUGCAUGCUAAAAUAGCACUUUUGGAAGUACAGGAGAGGAAAACUUUAAGCAGACUCAAAACAUUAGAAGCUCUUAUUGCAAAACUGAAACAGGAAAAUCUUCUUUCUGAAGAAAAACUCAAGAUUGUAGAAAACUGUUUCACAACGUUUGAAGUUACUAUGAUACAAUAAAAGCUUUAAAAUGAUA